GAUGUGAUACUAUAGAUUUCCACGACUACCUUCACCCCGCAAAGGGAGGAGGUUGCCGGCUACAACGGAGAACCUGAGCUGUUGUCUGAGAACCACCGGGACUGCGCCCCAGAGGCUGAAGGGGAAGGGAGAGGUGCAUGGUGGGAAAGGAGGAGGUGAUGAUGCUUGCAGUGGGUCGCCGGCGGGGAUGCUGUACCUGUACCUGAAUCUGUGCCUGUACCUGCUAGCUUCAUUCAGUGUGGAAUCAUCUGGAAUCGUCUGUAGAUUUGCCUCUUUGCUCUACAGCUGAGAGGCCACCAUGGACCAAUAUAGCAUCCUAGGCCGCAUUGGAGAAGGAGCCCAUGGCAUCGUUUUCAAAGCCAAGAACAUAGAAACAGGUGAGACUGUUGCCCUGAAGAAGGUGGCUCUCCGCAAGUUAGAGGAUGGGAUUCCCAAUCAAGCACUUCGGGAGAUCAAAGCCCUGCAGGAGAUUGAGGAAAAUCAACACGUGGUGAAGCUGAAGGAUUUCUUCCCCCAUGGCACAGGAUUUGUGCUCGUGUUCGAAUACAUGCUGUCUGACUUGUCGGAGGUCAUCCGCAACUCCGAGCAGCCGCUCACCGAGGCCCAGGUCAAAGGCUACAUGCUGAUGCUGCUCAAGGGGGUGGCCUUCUGCCAUGCCAACUCCAUCAUGCAUCGGGAUCUGAAACCGGCCAAUUUGCUGAUCAGCUCCACGGGUCAGCUGAAAAUUGCUGAUUUUGGCCUGGCCAGGGUGUUCACCAGUGAUGGAGAGAGACUGUAUAGCCACCAAGUGGCCACCAGGUGGUACCGGGCUCCCGAACUCCUGUACGGUGCUCGGAAAUAUGAUGAAGGUGUGGAUCUCUGGGCUGUGGGAUGCAUCUUUGCUGAACUUCUCAACAACUCCCCACUUUUCCCCGGAGAAAAUGAUAUUGAGCAGCUCUGCUGUGUCCUCCGAGUCCUUGGGACCCCGAACCAGAAGAUCUGGCCGGAGAUCACAGAGUUGCCCGACUACAACAAGAUUUCCUUCAAAGAGAAGCUGCCCAUUCCUCUGGAGCAGGUGGUGCCCGAUGCCUCCCCACAAGCCGUGCAGCUCCUGAAACAGUUCCUGGUCUAUCCUUCCAAGCAGCGUGUGCAGGCAGCACAGGCGCUGUUGCACCCCUAUUUCUUCACUCCCCCGCUGCCUGCCCACCACUUGGAGCUGCCCAUCCCUCAGCGUGGGGGCAAAAAAGCCCACCAGGGCCCCCAGCACCAGCGCGACUUCCAUGUGGAGCAGCCCCUGGAGGAAUCGGUGGUGGACCUGGAGCUCGUGGCACCUUACGUGGUUGAUGUAUGAAAAGAGGAUCUCUUUGCUUUCCGUGGGGCAGCGGGAUUUCUGUUGCCCCUCUCUUGGGUCAGGAGAGCUAGUUCAUCUUAAGCAGGAUGGGGCCGCUUCAUUGAACUGGCAGGAAUGGGGUGGCAGAAGACAGAACUCGAGCAGGGGCAAGCUGGCAAUGUGGACAAGGGAAACGUCUCUUGGCUAAUGCUGCUGUGAAAGAGACAGGGCAAGAGUGGACCAAUUCCUUAUUCCUCUGGAGCAGAGUUGGAAACCUUGGACACAAACGGCUGCCAGGCAGGUUGGCCUAAGUUGCUAGCCUCUUCUCCAUAAAAACCUCCACUUUGGACCUUUCCUUCCAGGACUUUGGGGUGCUUUUAGCUCCCUGCUUCUGUGGCGAAGCUAUUUUGUAGCCGCUCCGUAGCAACGUUUUGUAAUUAAAUGAUUUGGUAAAACAGUGAGCCAAAUUCCUGGUCUCUUUCUUGGAUCAAAGGUGGUGCACUUGCUUUGUUAAGGAAUAUGGUACCCGAUGGGUGUGGCUUGCUGGGCUGUAUGUUUGCCAUUAAAAUAGCUCAAUGGCUCUUUCGGGUGUUUGCUUUGCUCUGUCGAAAAGGCUUUUCAGUCCUGACAUGGUUUAAAAUGUUAUCUCGUGUGUAAACUCCGGAGCUGAUGCAGAAACGAUUGUUUUGUGGGGGCAGGGAACAAACCAAGAGGAAUGGAUGGGUAGAUGGUCCCAUCUGCAGACUGUAGAAAAAGUAAGAAUAGUCAUUCAGAUUAGCUUUAUAGCAUGAGAAAGAAAUCUGAGUCAUUAAAUGAUAUUAAGUAGGUACUCGUGUGUGAAGUGUCAUCUCCCAAAGUGAUACAAAAGAGUUGCUAGAGAAAACUCUUCGUUGGGUGGACACUCACCUGUUCUCUUCUUACUACCCUAGAACCCCCCGGUGGCAGGGGGGGUUCCUGGGGUGAGGAGGGAGGGAUGGGGAUAAGCCCAAUUAUAAAAUGCACCACCUUCGACUGAGCACUGUUCAUGGGAAUACCUUGUGGCAGGAGGGAUCUCGAGGAGGGUGGGUUAGAAGAAGGGGGAAAAUAUGUUACCUAAUUGUAUAUGUGUUUUU